AUGCAGAAGUUGUAUCUUCGCUGGCAGCAUGGGGAGGUGACGUCUGGGCAUAUCUCCGACCAGUACGGCCCGAGUGUGUUGGAAACCCUGCAUCUUGAGCACUUCAUCUACAUGAAUGGGGACUUGUUCUAUGUAGAGGGAUUGAGGUUUGCAGAUGCCUUUACCAUGGCGCACAAGCACGUCGGUAUGGAGGGCGUCGCUGGUGAAGGACUGCUGCUGCUGCUGCUGCCCUUCGACUCCUGGUUCUCUUCUGCUGCUGCGGCUGCUGCUGCUGCUGCUGCUACUUUUGCUGCUGCCUCUGUCACCUUUUGCGACGAUGACGAGGACGACGACGACCACGACGACCAGACCAUGACCACUGCUUGCCUUUUUCGGAGCUUCUUGCGCGAUAAUGUUCGAACUGUAUACCGUCACCGAGCAGCAUCGUUUCCUCUGGAAGCUCCCCGAAAUCUCGUAGAUGACAGUGAUGAUGCCCUCCCAGGACCAGCAGAUCCCAUUUUGACCAGUAUCAGUGACUCAGAGGAAUUAGUCGACACGAUUGGUUUCUACGAUGUAAUGUUUCGGGACGUGACCAGCGCUCGACUAACAGCACAGGCCAAGACAAACGGAAAGGAGUCCAGCCAGCAGCAGUUUGUCCUGCUGCAGCCUCAGUUUGAGGGUUUACGGCCCGUUCUCGCCCCGAGACGUGGCGCCGACACAGCAGGCUUGUCCGCCAUCAUCCGCAGUGCCAGAGGGCCCCGAGAGAAGAGUCUGCCGAUGCGGCCUGCACAGAGGGAGGGAAUGGUCCGCAGCCUCCUCCGAGAAAAGCAGGCACCGCCGGUACCGCUCUCACGCGACGACGGCGAGAGGGCCCUGCAGGAGCUGGAAGCCCAACGAGGUGGCGCUGUCGCCCCGCGCACCCUGGCCGGCAGGGUUCGGCAGGCCGAAGGCGCAUUCAGCAGCGAAGAGGUGGAAGCGCGCCGAAGGAGGCUCGGAGAGUGUUUCCGGCUGCCGGCGCAGGCGAUCAAGGAAGCUUUUUUCGAGGCCUACCAGUGGCACGUGCUUCCCGAGCUGGCGUCCGAUGAUCCCGACUUGCUGCCCAAGGCACAGGCUCUCCAGCGCUUACUCGAGGAGGCGGCGCUGCCUUCCGAAAUCCGGAAGUCCGUUGUUGCUGGCACCGACGAGAGAGGCGCGGCAAGCAGCGAGGACGAACACCAGGCCUCCGCCGCUCAUAGGGCCGAGAUCUCCGCAACGUUCUCCUACCUGAACUUUGUUCGCUGGCUCUGUGGGCUUCCCAAGGUUAGUUUCAGCGCUUCGAAGCAGUCGGCAUGCACAGUGAUCAGCGAGGCCUUGCUGCCACGAGCUUUGGAGACGAUGAAGGUUCAGCGGAGGGCUAGCGUGACAUCGCCUCCCGAGAUCGCGCCGAAAGCCAAGCCAAGAGCCAAGAAGAUGCGCCCGGGUUCCGAAGCGCCUGCCAGCCCACCAGUCCAACUGGCGCAGGCUGUUGCAGACAUCGCUCACCAGGAUGCAGUGUCGGUUCUACAAGGAGAAGGGUCUCUGGUCUCUGCUGUUGAGCGGAGCCUAGCAGCCUUCCGCUGCACCAGCGGCUCGCAGGCCUUGGGACUGGGACUCAUGGCGACCGACUGUAGGAGUUUGGCUCCGGUCGCAGAUGAUGUGGAGUUUCCCCACGUGUUGCACCGAUUCAAGGUGCUGUGGGAUCUGGAAGCUGCAGAGGCCAACAUGCAGUCGCCGUCCGUGGCACAUCGAGAGUCGAGUGAUGCGAAGGCGCCUCCACGAAAGCUUCGCCAGCAGGAGAGCCGAGCCAAGAAGUCGCAGGUGGAGGCAUCCUAUGGCGUGGACUCCGUCUGGGGUGACCGGAAAGGAACCCUGGCCGCACGACGCCGCCUGCUGAACCCAGCUCUUCGAAGCUUUGCAGCAGCUCGCUCCGACGACGUGUGCAUUCUCUGGACCGGCCGUGCUGGUUGCGUAGAAGCACUGGAGGAGUGCACAGGACCCGACGUCCCUGCCAAGGCUUCGGAGCUGGAUGCCGUUUCCUAUCCACCGGCUGGCCUGGUGCCCUUAACUUUGGUCGAAGGUGUAUCCGUGCCAUGGACAGUCAUGCCAGAUGCUACUCGUUUCCAACCUACGUCCGACACCACGGUCUGCAUCUGGCAAGUCCAGUUGCAGAGGGAAGACGACGUACUGGUGUCAGCGGUGCGCCGCAGACAGGUUCGAGUGCUCCGAGUGGUCGUGGAUUGCAGCAACCAUGGAGAGUCGUUCUGCGUGAUUUUCUGGCCUGACAUCAAAGCUGAGCCUGGCUUGCAGCUGGAGGUGGUCGUCUCAGGUCUCUGUGGAGCGAAGGAGCAGGUCACGAACUUCCACGAGUUCAUAUCGUUUCGAAGGAAGGCGGCCGAUGAAGCCUUAAGCCGAGAGGCAGCAAAGGUCCGAGAGAUCUUUCUGCAAGCCGGGCCUUUGUGGAACAGGUCUGUAUCCGAGGAGGAAUCCGACUCGAGGACGAGUGACCUGGUCCAGCCACUGGGCCACCGCGGGAAAGAGAUCGUUACCAACAGUAAUGACCUGAUCUUCACCCUGCGCUCCAAUGCCGUGACGCUUUGGCCAGUGCUCUCCGCAAAGCGGUUCGACGGGGACUACAGCCAGGUGCCGCGCGCCUGCCAAGUCAUCCACCUCGCUGACCGGACUUCCUUGGUUCACGUCAAGCUCCCGCUGCCUUCGACCACCUACCAGCUCCAGUUCUCCGCCAGCAACAAGGAGACGCCCCGACAAGUGCAGCAGCAGCCUUUGUGGUACACGGUUCGAAGCACUGGUCAGUGUCAGUCCCUCCUACGUUCUAUCGACGACCGCAUGAUCAACAAGUUCGGGUUUGUCAAGACGGAGCUGGAGACGCAGCUGUCAGGAGUCACGAUUCUCGCCCCCUUGCAGUACAGGGUCCUGGUCGGCCAAGUCUACUUCUUGGUCUAUGUCGACCAGAGUGUGGCCCUCUCUACGGCACGGGAAGCACUGCCCCUGCAGAAGGCCCUGGAAGAGGAGGAGUCUGGACCAUCAAUCUUCUCGUCCCGGCUUCUGCCGAAGGAGCCUUCCUCCUCGCGGGAGGUCAGGAAGAUGCAUCAAGUCCUGCAGGAGGGCCUGGCGAAGCACACGCAGGUGAGCAGUGGGGACAUCCACCUGGACCUGAUGUUGCACAACGGUCAGCACGUGCAUGGCCUCAGGGAGCGGCAUGACUUCCCCGGCCUCUUUGAGUCCUUGCUGACCAUCUCGGAGCUGGACGCAUCGACCAAGAUUCAGAUGGUGCUGCGCUUCCCGCGCAUCCACGCGUGCGACUUCUCCCCAAGGAAAGUGGCAGAGUGGCUCGUCACCCGCGGGUAG